AUGUGCCGGGCGCAAACAAAAAUCAAAUCCGCGGCCAGCCAGGAGUACUCCUUCUUGCAGCUGGAGAACGGCCUCAAGGCGAUCCUCGGCUCAGAUCCCGAGUGCGACAAGGCUGGAGCGGCGCUCUGCGUGAACGUGGGGAUGUGCCAUGAGAGGAAGGACCUGCCUGGCUUGGCUCACUUCUUGGAGCAUAUGCUCUUCACAGGAACUGCAAAGUAUCCAAAAGAAGGUGACUACCAUGAGUUCAUUCAGCAGAACGGCGGCCUUGCCAACGCGUACACAGCAUGCUACUUCACCAACUACAUGUUUGAGAUCAAGCCCGAAUCGCUCACAGAGGCUCUGGACCGCUUCUCCCGGUUCUUCACCGAGCCGCUGCUGACUCGUGACUGCACGGAGCGCGAGAUCAAUGCGGUGGACUCGGAAUUUCAAGCUGGCCUCACGUCCCCAUGGUGGCGCUACGUCGGCAUUCUCAACAUGAGCGCAAAUCCCGAUCAUCCCUUUCAUGUUGCCGUGGGCAACAACAAGGUCCUACUGGAGGAUCCGAAGGAGAGGGGCAUUGACCUCUACGAAGAGAUGAAGAAGCUGUAUGAGUCAACGUACUCCUCCAAUGGUAUGACGCUCUGCGUCUUCGGCAAGGAGCCAACUGCAGAGCUCCGCCAGAUCGUGCGCGACAAGUUUGGGCCGGUGGUCAACAAAGGCGUCGACAUGCCGGUUGGGGACAAUGUUAGCAGCCACUUGCCCUUCAAGCCCUCAGAUUGGCACCAGCUGCUGCUGAUGAACCCAGUGCAGGAUGUGAAGGACUUGACGUUCAGCUGGGUCAUCCCCUACCAGGCUCCCCUCUGGCGCUCCAAGCCGGUGGAGUACAUCUCCCACCUGUUGGGCCACGAGGGCAAGGGCUCGGUGAUCGCUGCCCUGAAGCAGAAAGGGCUGAUCUCAGCCUGUACGGCAGACAACGGUGCGUGGCUGGAAGGAGCCUUCAGCCUGCUGAAUGUGACCUUUGAGCUCACAGACAAAGGGCUCGACUCUAUAGCCGAAAUCGGGCGGUACUUCUUUGCCUAUCUUGGCAUGCUCCAGAACACCAAGCCAGAGAAAUGCAUCUUCGACGAAAUGCAGAAGCUGGGCGAGAUUGGCUUCAAGUUCAAGGAGGAUGCCUCCCCCUUCCAGCUGUGUCCGGACAUUGCCCUUUCCCUCCUCAAGUAUCCGCCGUCAGAAGCACUGUGCGGCACGACCUUGCACUAUGAGUUUGAUCCGGACGGCAUCUCUCAGCUCCUCUCUUUACUCACCCUCGACAAGGUUCGGGUCCAGUUCCAGGCGAAGGUGCUGGCGGACCGCUGUACACAGAAGGAUACAUCUUACGGCUCUCCGAUCGAGCUGCUGCCGCUGGAGCCGGCCUGGCUGGAAGCCUGGGCGGCCGUCUUGAAUGGCGAGGUGGCUGGCAGCUUGGGCCUGAACCUGCCCCAGCCCAAUCCCUUCAUUCCGGAGGACUUAUCGCUGAAGCCUCCGCCGGCUGAGCCACAGGCCAUACCGGUGGUCCUGAAGGAUCAGCCGCCGGUGGCCGGCAUCGUCCACCGACAGGAUGACACCUUCCAACAGCCCAAGGCCCACAUCACCUUCUUCAUCUAUGCCCCGUACUUCACCCAGGAUGCCUUGAACUACACCAAGACGGAGCUGUGGUGCCGCUGUGUUGAAGAGGCGCUGCAAGACUACGCUUACGAUGCGGGAAUUGCUGGGGUCGGAUAUGGGCUGGGCCUGCAGGGUGGCUCCUUGCGACUGGCCAUUUCAGGCUUCAACGACAAGCUCCAUGUCCUUUUGGAUGCGAUUACGGAGAAGAUGACUUCCCUGAAGACAAUUCCGGAGCACAUCUUUGGCAUUGUUUCAGAUACGAUGGGAGAUGAUCUCAACAAUCAGGCCUACCACUCGCCUCCUUACCGGCAAGCGAGCAAGCGCCUCGAGGAGCUCCUCACCCGCGGCUGCAGCUUUCCAGUGUCGGAGCGUUUGGAGGCCUUCAAGUCGGUGACGAUCCAGGACCUCAGCGAUCUUUGCCCGCGCUUCUUUGCGGAAGGCGCCCAUGUGGAGGUGCUGGCCUUGGGGAAUCUCACCAGCGAGGACGCCAAGCAGUUGUCCAAGCAGCUGGUGAAGGGGCUUCACGUGCAGAAGGGCCUGGCGGUGCUGCCGGGCCGCUCGGAGGCCGCGCUGCCGGAGGGCCGCACCUUGUGGGAGCUGCCCAGCGCCGACGUGGACGACCCCAACCACUGCGUCGCCAUGAAGCUGCAGCAGCCCGAGAGUCUUGAGCAAGAGAUGCUUCUGGGGCUCUUGGACAAGGCUCUGAGCGCCAAGUUCUUCGACAUCCUACGCACGCAGCAGCAGCUGGGCUAUAUUGUGCACAUGAGCCCCUCGGUGUCGCUGAAGAUGCCGGCUCUCGCGGUGCUGGUGCAGACGGAGUUCAACCCAGACUACGUGAGAGGAUGCAUCGUCAAAUUCCUGGAGGAGCACUUGCAGCAGCUUGAGGAUUCCUUUAGCGAGGAGGAGCUUUCUGUUUGCAAAGCCGGAUAUCUUUCUCAGCUGCGUAUGAAGCCCAAGAAUCUCGGCGACGAGGCGAUGCGCUACACGCGGCAGAUCUUCGACCGCAGCUUCGACUUCGGGCGCCGCGCUCGGGGCGCGGACUUCGUGGAGGCGGUGACGCUGCGGGACCUCAAGGCCUUCGCGCGGAGCUGCCGCACGGCCCCGGCCAUCUUCGUGCAGAUCAAGAAGCAGCUGGCCAAAGAGGACAAGGCCUUGCCCGCCGGCGCCACCAUCGACCCUCCGGACAUGAGGCGCUGGACCACGCACAUGGAAACGGUGAAAUCCUUCGCAACGUCUGCGACGUGGUUUCCGGUGAACUCCUCUGUCGAUGCUUCAAAGCAUGCUGGACCAGAUGGGUUUGUGCUCACCUACAAGGGUGACGUGUUCAUCACGGGCUGUCAAAUUACCUCUGACGCUGGGAUAAGCAUUGAUGCCUCCGGCGGAGUCACUGUGGAGUACCAAUCAGCUCUUCAGGGACAAGGAGACGUGGUGCUUCGUGGCAGUUCGGUGAGCCUCAUCCAAAGCACAGUCUCCGUCCCUGGCGCGCUGGAGUUGCUCAGCAAUGCCUCAGGAAGCUGCAAAGGUCGGAGUUUACGACAGGACGGGAAAUCUGCAGACGAUGCGGCCACUGUCGGCAUCCAGAUCUCCGACUCCUCCUUGCAAGGUGGGAAUAUCAAAGUGAGCGCGAACCAGAGCGACGUGGAAGUGAAGGGCAGCAGCAACCUCACGAUCAAGGAUCCCACAGCCAAACUGGAGAUUACUGGCAACACCGUCUUGGCCAGCGGCGGCACCGCAACGCUCAGCGCAGCCUGGAUCGUGGUGUCAGCAGCGCAAGAUAUGGUUUUCGAGGUUGCGAUUCCCGGCAUCGUCACCAAGACGGCUGAGAAGCCGGCCCAUGUGGAUGUGGCUGCGCAGGGCCACUUGACGCUUGGGAAUUGCAGCUCAACAUGGAGCCUUUCCCGCCUGCACGCAUCGGCGGACUCGCUGGAGUUGGGGGAAGGCAGCAAGUUGAAUGUCCAGAGCUACUCCACCUGCGGGCACAGAGGAGGCAGCUCUGUGGUGGAUCGCUGCCGGGUGGCCUUGGCUGCGACACAAUGGCCACCCAUCGUCAAUGACUCGAAUGUCUCCUUCGAUCUGGUUUUGCUGGCGAGAACCAGUCUGACGAUCCACGAGAAGGCCCAGCUGCAGGCUGCCUCGGUGCUGGUCUGCUCGGCGUCUGUGGCCCUGGAAGACUUCUCCUCCAUCGACGUCUCCGGGCGCGGCUGCAGCGCCAACAUCGUUUCGCAGCCCGCGGCGGGGAGGACCAUCAAGGGCCCCGACAAGCUCCUGCUGGCAGGUGGUGGCACGCAUGUUGGAAGAGGUGGCGACGGCGGCUGGUUCAAUUCACGGGAUGUUUUAACCGACACUGAUACAGUGCCAGAGACGCCGGAAUAUGAUCGCUACAAGGAAACGCCAUGGCUACUGCCGACGCAGGGUGCUUCUGCGGGUGCAAUCGGUGAGAUGUCAAUAUGGCAUAAGGACAAGCUCAAGGUUUUCUCUGCCGGGGGAGGCCUCAUUUGGCUUUCGGGCCUCAGCGGGGUCAGCUUCGGCAAGACAGUGCGCCUGAAUGCGGACGGCAAGGACGGGCUCGCCCGAGUUGGGGACGCGUCGCAGAUCUAUGCCUCGGCAGGCGGAGCUGGGGGGCAGGUCCUGCUCUUCGCAGGGGGUUUGAAGGGGGUGCCACCAGACAUCAGUGCUGCAGGAGGCAAGGGCGCUUGCAUCAAGCAGGCAGCUGUGGGUUUGGUGAGUGGUGGCGGGGGAGGCGGCUUUGUGGGUUUGAACUGGACCCGACCCACGUGGAUGUCACAUCUGCCCCUGAGCGUGUCUGUAGCAGGUGGAGGCUUGGGGGUGGAUCAGUCGACCAUGCAGCCCUGCUCCUUUGUGCUGCCACAGACCGGCAAAGUGGAGGCCACGCGCGGCAGCUGCGGCCAGGCCUUGUCCGUCCUCCCCUGCCCGCCCGGCUCGGCAGGGCUCUUCUGCGCGCCCUGCGGGGCCGGCCUCUAUAGCCUCGGCGGCCUGGGCGUCUGCCAGACCUGCAAGCCCAUACCCGAGAGGGGCCACUACGUAAACAUCACCGGGGGGUGCGUGACCAGUUCCUGCCCCUAUAGCUGCGGCGUCGGAGUGCCCAAUGUGGCCAGCAAUCCCAGCUGUCUGGAUCCCGUGGAAUAUGCCCUCAGCUUCUUUGGGGGUCUCAAAGGGAUGCUGGGCAUCUUGGCCGGCAUCGUCUUUACUGCCUCGCUUCUGCUAUGGCGACGAAGAAAGACCUCCAAUCUCUCGCGCCCGCUGAUCGAAGUACGGGAGGUGGGGACUGGGAACGUUGCGGCGCGCCUUGUGAAUCGAUGCCUGGCCUCGCAGUGCGAAAUGUUCCAAGUCUCCCGCGAGCACUUGCCGUUUCACAUCUGCCGGGUCUACCUGCAGGGUGAGAACACGGCAGAGGUGCCGUGGCACCUGCGCUCGGAGGUGCCCGUGCCGGUGCAGGACCUGGUGAUCCCGGACCGGUGGCAGGCCUUGGCCAAGGUGGUGAACGAGGCCGCCCACGUGCCCCGGUUCCGCGCGCGCUGCGAGGCGCUGCUGUGGAGGCUCUACCCGCCGCUGGCACCGCCGCUGGCGCGGAGGUUCCGCCUGAGCCGGGCCGGGGAGCUGCUGCGCGCGGUGGCGGAGCAAGGCGAGGCCACGGAGCGGCUCUGGAAGCCGAUCCGCCUGCCGGGGGGCGAGCUCUUCGUGCGCUUCGGCUGCGACGCCCACGCCACGUUGGCGCACCUGGACUUCCUGGACUUCGAGCUGUCCCGCCUGGACUGGGCCCCCGUGAACCUGCAGAAGGAGGCCUGGCUGAUCCCCGUCCAGGGCCAUGGCACCUUCGCGGAGCCCUUCGCGGUCGACAUCGGCGACCCCGUGCUGCAGCGACUGGAGCAUACCAACUUCGGCCCCACGGCCGUGCUGUCAGUGAUCUCCACCUUCAACCGAGCCGCACGCCGGAUCUGCAAGGAUGACUUGCACUCCUCCGAUGAUGACUCCCUCCAAGAGCUGCAUGAGAAGGUUGAGCAAUGCGCAGCUCAGUGUGGGCUGGCGGGCUGCGUCCAAGUCUUGGCCAUCGCCAGCAAAGGGGCCCGUGAACGGAGCACGACGAGAAGCAGCACGCAGAGAAGCAGCCUGACGCAGGAGUCUCCCGCAGGCUCCUUCAUAGACCUGGUCGGGGAGGAGCAAGAGCCAGGCUCACCCAGCCGUGCGUCCGGACCAAAGCAGGAGCUCAGACUCUGCCUGGUCUUUACUCAAUUCUCCUCCCUUGCCAGCAUCAGCCAGUCCUCAGAUUGCGGCGGCGGCGCUUUGGCGACUCCAAGCAGCCACAAGGAAAUGAACGAUAUCUUGCGCAGCUCCGCAGGGAGCAUAGGCGAGGCCAGCCCCGUGCGGACAGAUCAAGCCUGCGGCAUAAAAGGCUUGCAAAGGAUGCUUUUAAAGUGGGGCUCUGUAGGCUCGCAUGAUGCGACCAUCGGGACACUUGUGUCACUCACCUGCCUUUUGGCCCUGGACCUCAUGGCCUUCGUCCUGGUCUUCUGGAUCUUGUACAAGACCAGCAGCGUGGCCGGCUUCGUCUGGAUUUGCUUCCCACCGCUGGUGCAGCCUUUGGCGCUAGUGCUGGGCCCGCUCUUCCUGCUCUCGGAGGAUCCCGAUCUGGGCCGGCUCUUCGCCUUGCUCGAACUCUUCGGGGCCUGCAACGCGGCCUUCUCGCUGCUGGUGAUGGUUGUGCUGCUCCUGCUGGAUUCCUUGUUGUUUGACAUUGUGGCCAUGGCCGUUGUGAUUUGCAUCAAGGCCAUGCUCUUCUCAGCCGCUGGCGCCCAUGUCGCGCAGCUGGAAGCUGCAAACGACUUGAGUUUCAUGGGGACUCCGCAGAGCGACUUCGUGGCAGGCAUCUUCGCGCGCAGCUCCGGCACCGAGGAUCCGGGCUUGCAUGAUAGUGUUCAUGACAACUCGCCGACUGCAGCAAUACCGUCUUUCCAGGUCUUUGAGCAGUUCACAAGGCAGUCUUCAGACGGUGUGCAGCGCCCGGACUGCAGCUUUCCAACGACGGGCUCCACCAGGUCUGCGCGCAGCACAAGCACCAGCACCUGCAGAAUCCAGGCGCAGGCUCCAUCGCCAUUCUGA